AUGAGGGUCGAAACAUGCCACUUCUGCUCUCGCCCAGUAUACCCCUCCAAGGGCAUCCAGAUGGUUAGACUGGACGGGAAAGCUUUCCGAUUCUGCCGCUCAAAGUGUCACUCCAACUUCAAGCUCAAGAGACAACCGCGCAAGCUGAAGUGGACCAAGGCCGGCCGCGCCGCCAGCGGCAAAGAAAUGAUCGUCGACUCGUCGCUCGUCCUCUCCCAGUUCGCCAAGAAACGCAACGUUCCCGUGAAGUACGACAGAAACCUGGUCGCCGCCACAAUCAAGGCGAUGGAGCGAGUCGAGGAGAUCAGAUCGCGCCGGGAGCGGGCCUUCACGAAGCGCCGGUUGGCGGGCAAGCUUGCGCGGGAACGCAAGCGCGAGGAGGACAGGAAGGUUGUUGCGGAGGGCGAACACCUUAUCCGCAAGGAGCUCCGCGAGAGAGAGGAGGGCAGACCGCUUGUUGCGGAGACGUCGAAGGUUGCCAACAGGGUUCAUGGCGAGGAGCGACUCAGACAGAAGAAGAAGACCAGAAUCUUGGUCGAUGGAACUACGCAAGACGAGAUGGAUGUGGACUAG